AUGGCGUGUUGGAAGGAUAUCCUGGAUGUACAAGACCUUUCCACCAAAAGAGAUGUAGGCAGUAUUGAGGGUACAUCAUGGAUGCUGAGCUCUGCCAAGUCGCAAAACGGAAUUGCGCAACUCACAUCGGACGAUGUAGAAACGCUAUGGCAAAGCGAUGGUACGCAACCUCAUACUGUCACGAUCCAUUUUCCUCGGCGCACUGCCGUAACUCACGUCUCUAUAUACCUUGACAUUCUUCGAGACGACUCCUAUACACCCACGAGAAUACUUGUGAAAGCAGGCACGCACCCAUAUGAUGUCAUGGAUGUUCGGUACAGAGAGUUCCAAGAGCCACAGGGGUGGUAUCAUUUCGUUCUUUCAACUACACACGAGCAUGUGUUAGAAGAAGACGACGCACUGGAAUACCGGCGGAGCGAAAAGCUGGACGCUAUCGAAGUGUUUGUUCUACAGAUUUGUGUCUUGGGGAACCACCUUAACGGAAAAGAUACCCACAUUCGAUGUCUCAAAGUGUUUGGUCCGCCAACACCUGGAUUACAGCGGCAAAAUACGUCGCAAUCCGUAUCUCAGUGCACCAUGACCAAGCGUCUCGUGAAACAGGGCAUGCAGACAGAGGCGUUCCAUCGGCAAGUAGAACGCGUCGGAUACCAUCGCGCUGUCACACAACUAGAGCGCAUAAUGCAGCAGAGCUCGCAAAAUAUGCCCGACCAGGCUCCGCGUCCGGCGCAAUCCAGCGUCGAGCGUUCACUCAUGUCCCUCUCACAGACGCUCCGGUAG